AAGGAUCUGUACAAGGAGGCCAUGAUGGAGGAGCACCAGCCUCUUAUAUCACAGGAAAAUCCCAGUACGAAAUGUGAAAAUGUCAUGUUACCACUAGAUGACGAUAUCCUGCAGCGCUCUUCAGGAGAAAACCUCAUUACCCUUAAUGUACAUCCAGGACUUCACAGUAAAGAUCUGUCAUAUAAUCCUCCUAAUUAUGAGGAACCUUCUCCUGACCAAUCACAGAUUGUUACCGCACGUACAAGUCAGAAAAGGAUUAAAAGGUUUCAUUGUGGUAAAGAAUCCACAAACAGCUCAGGACUUUCUACACACCGAAGACAUCACAAAGGAAAGAAAAUGUAUUCAUGUUUAGAAUGUGGGAAAUGUUUCACACGGAAAUCAAUUCUUGUUAAACAUGAGAGAAUUCACACUGGGGAAAAGCCAUAUUCAUGUUCAGAAUGUGGGAAAUGCUUUACACAGAAAUCAAUGCUUGUUAAACAUCAGAGAUGUCACACAGGAGAGAAAGCAUAUACAUGUUCAGAAUGUGGGAAAUGUUUUAGACAAAAAUCACAUCUUGUUAGACAUGAGAGAAGUCACACAGGAGAGAAGCCAUAUUCAUGUUCAGAGUGUGGGAAAUGUUUUACACAGAAAUCCAAUCUUGUUACACAUGAGAGGAUUCACACAGGAGAGAAGCCAUAUUCGUGUUCAGAAUGUGGGAAAUGUUUUACAGAGAAAUCACAUCUUGUUAGACAUGACAGAAUUCACACAUGGGAGAAGCUGCAUUCAGAAUGAGAAUUUUUUUUUUGUUUCUAAAGCCAUAAUUAGGGGUCAUUAGUGAAAUCACACAAGAGAGAAGCCA